AUGCAGGGGGAAUUAGAACAACGCCCCUUGCAAUCAGCUACCAAGUCUUUCUAUUCCCAUUUACAAAUAAAUCAUUUCUUGUAUCUCCUCUUAUUUGUUAUUGGUUUGUCGCUUGGUGUCAUAGCCAGUUUAUGCUUUCAGAGCUUCCCAUUCAUUUCUUCCCGAGACUCUCUUUAUUCUUUUAGUCCUUCACAAGAACCCGAAACGUCGUCGUCGUCGUCGUCGUCGUCAUCGUCAUGGUCGUCGACAGACUUAGCACGGACGAAUGGUACUAAGCAUUCAAACGAUACUAAUGUUUCGUUGAAAGAGCAAAAUGUCCUAAUUAUGCAUGACAUGAACGAUGAGGAGUUGUUACGGAGAGCGUCGAUGGUUCCUCGGGUUCAGGAUCAGCAUGUUCGUCCAAAAGUGGCUUUCAUGUUCUUGACGAAAGGUCCACUGCCGUUGGCUCCGUUGUGGGAGAAAUUCUUUCAAGGCCAUGAAGGAUUCUACUCCAUUUACGUCCAUUCUCACCCUUCUUUCAACGACACAAUGCCUGAAAGCUCUGUCUUCUACGGUAGAAGAAUUCCUAGCCAGCCAGUUUACUGGGGAAGCAUAACGAUGAUCGACGCAGAGAGACGCCUUCUUGCAAACGCGCUUCUCGACUUGUCCAACCAGAGAUUCGUCCUCCUUUCCGAAUCCUGCAUUCCUCUCUUCAACUUCACGGCCAUCUACUCCUAUCUCAUCAACUCCAAUCUCAGCUUCCUCGGCUCCUUUGACGACCCGAGAAGUCCCGGCCGAGGCCGCUACAACCCCCAAAUGCAGCCCCACAUCAAACUCUCCGACUGGCGAAAAGGCGCGCAAUGGUUCGAACUCCACCGAGACCUCGCCGUCCGCGUCCUUUCCGACCGCAAGUUCUACCCGCUCUUCCGAGACUUGUGCCGCCCGGCGUGUUACAGCGACGAGCAUUAUUUGCCGACGCUCGUCAACAUUCUUUACGGAGAAUCGAAUGCGAACCGGAGCGUUACUUGGGUGGACUGGUCGAGAGGAGGUCCUCAUCCGGGGAGAUUCGGAUGGGGUGAUGUGACGGAUGAGUUUCUGAAUCGAAUAAGGUUUGGAUCGAAAUGCUUAUACAAUGGCAACGAGACCUCCAUGUGUUUCCUUUUCGCGAGAAAGUUUUUGCCAAACGCGUUGGAGCCUCUGCUGCGAGUUUCACCUGUGUUGCUUGGUUUUGAUCCGUAG